GUCAUUUAUAGAAGCUUAUACAUUAAUUUAUAAAAUGUAUUUUGAAAAUUUAUGCUCCUAUUACAAUAUUUUGAAUUUUUUUUCAUUUAUAAUGGUAAAAUUCCUCAACUAUGUUUACUUAGUGUAGAAAUCUCUAAACUAAAUAUUUACUGGUAGUAAUGGUAAUUAUGAUCCGUUAGAGUUUAAUUCAUUAAAUAAAGUUAGUUUAUGGGGUUUUUCGUUAAUACUUAGUUUGGGGUUUUUACACAAAACAAACUUAGUUGAGGAGUUUUAACGUUAAAAUUCCUUAUUCUUUCCUUAUUAUCUAUUAUUUAAAUCUUUAUAGUGGGAUUUGUUUUAUGAAAAACUAGUUGCAAUCAACUGACGAGAUAUAUUUUUUCCUAAUAUCAUGUAUUUAAUAUUUAAAUAUAUAUAUAUAUAUAUAUAUAUAUAUAUAUAUAGCAAGAUUUUAGUUACCAAAAUUAUGUAUAUAUUAUAACCAGAAUAUCUUUAAAAAUUUAUUAGAAGAUAUUCUAUCUCAUAGCUGAAUUAAAAUUUAUUAGAGGAUAUUAUAUCUCAUAGCUUUUCUUCAAAAUUAGGUCAUUUAGAAACUUAAACUAAUUUACUAUAUAAAUAUCACACCACCCAUAUUAGUUUCACGCAUCUACCUUUUAAGUUUUCAUAUGUUUUUGAUCGUUCUAAUUUAAAUCCUACUUUUGUGAUCUUGCGCAGGUGUAUGAUAAUCAAUAAGUAACUCAUAGACGGGAACACCAUUACUGGUAAUUUUAUGGGAGAUUUGUAUUCUCCGUUUAUUUUUGUUCUCUUCCUCUCCAUGUUGUAUCUCUAUCUAUAUUUUUGCAUCAGUAGUGAUUCAACUAACAAAAAGAGAAGACUCUGUUUAUCCAGGAACUGAUCAUCCCUUUCGAAAAAGUUAAUUUUUUUUUUAUAAAGUUAAAUCUCUUAUCAAGAAUAUAAUAUAAGAUGUGUAUGCUAUUCAAGUGCAAUUUAUUUAUUGUGCAUGAUCCUCUUUGGUACGUCUGAGAGCCAUAGGUAAUCUCAAAGCUUCUUAAAAACUUCGAAACUCAUUGACGUUGUCCUAUCAAUUAUAUAAUUUGUUAUCUUUUGGGGAUUGUUUACAUCUUUAAAUAUUUUUGUUACAAUUACCUCUUUUCUGACUCAAGGCUUAAAUAAUGAAACCGUAAAUCAUCUCUGAUAUUACAAUGAAACCAAUGAUAAUAAAUCUCAGGUAAUUCAAAUCUCUCUUUUAUAUUUCAUGGCUGAUUUUUUUAUUGGGUUUUUGCGUGAAAUAUUUAUUUUUUCUCAAUUAUAUUUUUUUGAUGUUUUAAGAUUAGUAUUAAAUGUGAUCGUUUGAAGCAUAAUGCAUUCUCAGAACACAUCUCCAUGAUAAACACUUCUAUGUAAAUUGUGUCAAUUAUGUUAGUGAUUUUGCAUCUAAGUAUUGUGACUGAUGUUCCAAGAGAGAAAGCGUAUCAUCUCAAACCGAGAUUGUUUGGAAAGGUAAUUGGUUUUAUAGAUGUAAUUGGAUAAUUGACAUCUAAAAGAUACAUUUUAUUAGAUAGUACCGAGCAGUCUUUUUAAACCUUUUGAACUCUAACUUUUCAAAGAGUUAUCUAAAGGAUACGCUUUAUCAGAUAUAAAUGAUACGUUUUAUUAGAUAGUACCAAACAGUCCUUUUAAACUCAAACAAUGCCAUGUUCUGAAUUGUACACACUGUAUUGACCUUUUUUUUCUUUGCGGUGUGUAUUCAGAUAGCAGUAGUGAAAUGCAGAUAUGAAGUGAUAUCAACUAAAAUUAAGAGAAAAGUCUUUUAAAAGCAGAGAUAAUCACAUCGGCCUCUCUUGAACAUGGCAAACAACCAGCAGUUUUGCAAGACCUGAAUUUCUGAAACAAGUUUUCUACUUUCUUUUUUCUUUUUAUUUAGUUUCACCUGAUGAGAAGUUUGAAUCAUAGACUCUUGACAUUUUAAAAUUUAUAUUAUUUGUUUGUGUAAUGGUGCAGAGGUUUCAAUGAGACCGGCUUAUCGUUCUUCCAAGAAAGUAUUGGUGAAUGACAAGCUUGAAGCUGAAGUGAAGAAGAAUAGAAGGAUGAUAAGCUUGAAGGAGACGCUGCUUUGAACAAGUUCUUCUAUGAUAUAUAUUUGAAUUCUGAUGAGGAUAUGAGGAGUUCUAGAGCAAAUCAUAUGUGAGUAUCUAUCUAUCUAUAUUCCUAUUUAGUCUUUCUUCUCUCAUGGAGGUUACAAUGUUUUGGCAUUUUGAUUGACUCUUUUGCAGUUUUGCACAAUCAACAGGUGGAAUCUAAUGGGACAGUACUUUCAAUAGACUGGAAAGAUGUUAGUGCUAAGAAAAUAGAGAGCACUCUUCAUGAUGAUCUGGCGCUCAAGACAUGGGAAAUAUGAUCUUAUAUGAUGUGUGGGUUUUACCUUAAUCUAGACAGAACUCGAAGCCUUGGUCUUAAGGUCUGGUUUCUCUACUUUAUGGACUUAAGGUACUUUGUAUUUUUCAUAACUCAUAUUGUUUAUACGAAACACUGAAAUUUUUAAUCUAAACGUUCUAGUGUAUUAUUUGUUCAUGGUAGACUAACUUUUCUUUGCAGUUUUGACUACCAUGAACAAAUAAUACACUAGAACGUUUAGAUAAUUUAUUACUUGUAUUUAUGGUAGAAGGUUGAAUAAAGAUAUUGUAUUAAUAUGGUAAGAAAAUUUAACAAAACAUUAUAAUAUGGUAGAGCUAAAAUUCAAAACACAUAUGCUAUAUAUAUCUGAGUAACUUAGUCAAGAUUUCUUAUGCAUCUUUUCAACUAACUAAAUAUAACUGGGAUUCAAGAGAGCAUUCAAUAAAGAAUUUCUAUCAGUUUUUAAGGUACACAUGCAAAUUUUAUGAUAAAUCUAAUCACUAGUGAUAUUAUUACAUAUCAGAUUUUUAUAUUGCAUCACUAUCACAGAAUAUAUUAAUCUUUGUUAUAAUAUGCUUAGUUUUAAAAUUAUAUUGAUUUACUUAUAAGAAAUAAUACAUAUUCCCAAUUUGAUAUUUUGGAAGUUCUUUAAAUAGAAAAAUUAUAAUCGUAAAAGGCCUGUAAUUAUAUGUUUUAGAACAGUGCUUGUCCAUUUCCGUCGUGUUGCAUAAAUUUAAAUUACAUUUUUUCUAGUGGCUCACAUUAUUGUAUAGACUAAGGAAAUAUUUUUUCUUAAUCUAUUGAAAUAUUAAAUUUUCAAAGCAAUAAAUUAUAUAGCAUUAAUUAAUUAUUUGCUUGCAAUUUUUGAGUUUAUAUUACUUAAUGCAAUUUUUGAAUCUCUUUGAUUUCCCAGUUCAUAUAACAGAAUCUCAUUAUUGUUUCUGUAAAUAAAAAUUAGGAGUCAAAUACUUAAAAUUGUUUGUAAUUAUAUGUAGUAAAAAAAAUUAUGUUAGAUUCUUGGAAUUGAAUGAUGUUAUUCAUAGUAUUAUUUUUAAAUUUACAGGAAUUGAUGUCAAAAGAGAUGGCUAAAAUAAAUCGAGAUAUGCUAAUGUUAAGAGAAGACCAGGCUCCUAAAGUUGAAGCAAGCUUGAGCCAAUCUGAACCAAGGAAGAUUUCAAUGGUUGGCAUUAAACCUCACAUACUUGACUUGAAUGUGAAACCUUGUUCUGAUUCCGACGAGGAAGAAAAAGGAGAAAUUGCAAAAGAAUUUCAGAAUCUUGCAGGUCUAAAAACUCAUGAUGCCUGUUAUGUUGAUCAUAAGCUUUUGUACGAGCUUGAGGUCGAGAUCAUUGCUCGCCUACCAUGCUUUGAAUACUGGAAACUGCAGUUUCUUAACAAGAAAUUCUUGCAGUUAUUAAAGAGCUGUGAAAUUUUUAGGGUGAGACAAGAAAAGGGACUUGUGAAACCCUAUGUGAUUUUGCAUUCAGGGGCUGUAUCUAAUUGGGAAAUGUUUGAUAAGGAUUUUAAAACCUUUCAGAGACUUCCUAAAGUUCCUUCUUCUGACUAUUGCUUUUUCCACAGCGAUAAGGAAACAGUUAGUGUGGGUACUCAACUAAUUGUCAUAGGGAGAGAAAUAGAUGGAAUUGUGGUGUUUCGCUAUGAGCUAGAGAAUCAUAAGUGGUUCAAAGGUCCUUCAAUGAUCACACCGAGGGCCAUGUACGGUUCUGCGAGCAAUGGUAAAACCGCAUUUUUUGCAGGAGGCAUUAAAAUGGAUGAAAAUGGAAACCCUGUUGUUGUGCAAACUGUAGAAAAGUAUAAUGCUGAUACAAAAAGGUGGACUAUGAUUAAUGGAAUGCAUAAAGCAAGGAAGUUCAGCUCAGGAUGCUUCUUGCGUGGAAAAUUUUACGUCCUCGGUGGCCGAGAUGAUAAUGAUAAACACCUCACUUGUGGAGAAAGUUAUGAUGAGACGACCAAUUCUUGGGAGUUGAUACCUGACAUGCUAAAAGACAUGACAGUCAUUGCGCAUUCCCAAUCUCCGCCCCUUAUUGCUGUGGUUGAUGACAAUCUAUACAUGUUAGAAACAUCUUUGAACGAGCUUCGGGUAUAUGAUAUAAACACAAAUAUUUGGAAGAAGCUUGGUGUUGUCCCUGUGAGCGCAAACGCUGCCUUCGGUUGGGGGAUUGCGUUUAAAUCGAUGGGAGACAGACUUCUGGUGAUUGGAACUUCUCACUCUUGGCAUAGGAAGACAGUAGUUCACUCAUGCCGUCCUUCUCCAGACGUGGAAGAGCAACAUUGGGAAGAAAUAAAACAUUGGUGUGUUGGUGCUGAGCUCCCACAGUUUAUUCAUAACUGUUGUGUGAUGUUUGCUUAAAAAAUUUUCCAAGGAAAAUUUGGAAACUUAUUUGUUUUUGCAUUUGUGCUUAAAGUUGUUGCAUUUGGUUUUAAGUUGUUUGGUUUGUGUUUUUCUAAUUUUUUUUUGUUUUUCAUUUGGGAUAAAAAUGUUGUUGUUUUUUAUUUUUUUUAAGUGCUUAUGUUUGUGAAAAAAAAAAACUAAUGUUGUCUAUGUAAUGGUUAUUUAUUUAUUUUGGUUUUGUUUUUUCCCUCUUCAGCCAUAAAUGUAAGUGACAAAAUGGGUAAACCAACCCAAACCAAACCAUAUCCAAAUGGUUUUAAGCCUACAUCGGUUAUGGUUUUAACCAAUCUUUUUGACAAAUGGAUUGGGUCAAUCCAUAACUCAUUUAAGUUAAUGAUUUAAUGGUUUUGAUGGUUAACCCAUGAACAAUAAUUAUAUAGCUUAAAUGGUUACUAAGUAAAAAUAUUACAUUGGGGCUGAAAACAAAAAGAAUACUUAGACUUUUGAUAAAUACAAUUAUAUGGUUUUGGUGUUAAAAACCAUUUUAUUAUUUUAGCAGAGAAGAUAAUUUUGUGAUUUUAGUGAGAAAAUUACUUUUAACGUUUUUGCGAGAAAACAAGAUUUUCUGUUUUAGCGGAAAUACAAGUUUAUGGUUUUAGCGAGAAAACACAGUAUUACGGUUUUGGCCAGAAAAUACAAUAUUGCGGUUUUUGUGAGAAAACACGAUUUUGCGAUUUUGGCGAGAAAAUUUAAUUAUGUGGUUUUGGUGGGUAAACUCAAUUUUACGGUUUUCGCAAGAAAACAUAGUAUUACGGUUUUGGCCGGAAAAAUACAAUAUUGCAGUUUGGCGGGAAAACACGAUUUUCGGUUUUGGCGUAAAAAAAACGAUUUUGUGAUUUUGGCAGGAAAAUUCAAUUUUGCGGUUUUGGCGGGAAAACUCAAUUUUACGGUUUUGGCGGAAAACUUAAUUUUACGGUUUUGGUUGUAAAUUCAAUUUUACGGUUUUCACGAGAAAACACGAUUUUACAGUUUUGGCAAAAAAACUCAAUUUUACGAUUUUGGCGGGAAAACUCAAUUUUGCAGUUUUGGCGGAAAACUCGAUUUUAUGGUUUUGGCAGAAAACUCAAUAUUACGGUUUUGGCGGAAAAACUUGAGUUCACGGUUUUGGCAGUAAUUUCAAUUUUAAAGGUUUUACGAGAAAACAAGAUUUUGCAGUUUUGGCGAGAAAACUCAAUUUUUUUUAUUUUGGCGGAAAAACUCAAUCUUGCGGUUUUGGCGGGAAACUCAAUUUUAUGGUUUUAGCGGAGAACUAAAUUUUACAAUUUUGGCGGGAAAACUUGAUUUCACGAUUUUGGCGGAAAAACAAGACUUUGUCGUUUUGGCGGGAAAUUUUGAUUUUAUGGCUUUGGCGGGAAAACAUAACUUUGCGGUUUGGCGGGAAAACUUGAUUUUACGGUUUUGGUGGGAAAACACAACUUUGCGUUUUUUUGCGUAAAACUCAAUUUUACGGUUUUGGCAGAAAAACACGACUUUGCGGUUUUGGCGGAAAAACAUGAUUUUGUCGUUCUUGUGGGAAAAUGAGAUUUAGCAUUUUGAUGAAAAAAAAUCCAAUUUAGAGUUUUGGUGGAAAACUUGAUUUUAUGAUUUGGCAAAAUUUAUGAUUAAAUUUGGCUUACUAAAAAAAUCAAGAUAUAAUAGUUUUAUAUAUAUAAAAAGUUGGAUGUUAACAAAUAUAUAUAUAUAUAUAUGGCAAUUCUCCUAAAUAGACCAUUUUCAAGUUUUGGUUACAAAAAUAGACCACAAAGAGGAAAAU